AUGUCAAGUUCAGAUAAUCAAGAAGUUAUUAGUCAAUUCAAGAUAAUAGCUGGUUUAGAAUCAGACGAUUCUUCUGGUGACAUCGAUAACAAAAUUCACAGUCUACUAACAGUUCACGAUGAUAAUUUGAACAAUGCAAUCUUGACAUACUUGGAAUCUGGGUUUGAUACAGUUGAUUCAGCUAACGCAAAUAUACAAAAUGACAUAGGCUCCAGCUCAGCAGUUGACACGAGAGAGAUUGAAAACAUAAAUGGCCACGGUGUCGAUGACGAUUAUCAAGACGACGGAGGCAUUGGUGAACUAAUACACCGGUCCUCUUCAACAAGAACUAGAGGUGAGUAUGUUAAUCUACAAAGUCAAAUGUUUCUCAAUUCACUUAUGCCUCGAUUACCUAAGGCACCUCAAAUAUCCACGCGUUGGCAAUUAGAUGUGGGCAUUUAUAGUUCGCUCAUUCAUGAGCGUGAAGAGAAGCGUAAACAAGAAUUGUCCGGAGAGAAGGAACUGGAAGAUGAUACAGUGACUGAGCAAAGUCGUGAUGUAGAAAGCGACACUUCAAGCAUUAGACUGAAUACUACUCGCAGCAACAACUCAAUUUUGAACACUUUGUGGUUGAUCUUGUUAAUUAUACCUAGAAACUUUAUUCUGAUGGUAAUCAAUUCUAUAAAGUUCUUUUUCGGUUUUGGAUGGAGUAGUAGUGAUGGAAAUGACAACAAUUUCAAACUUAAUAAACCGUUUGAUUUUGAAAACUUUCAUCCUGACUAUUCAUACUUGUCUACGUUGAAAGAGGAGGUGUCAGAUGAAUCUAAUCCGCUUGACUUGUAUAAAAUAGCCGAAUCAGGAUUCAAUGAGCUACAUUCACAUUGUCAAAAGGAAUACGAGUGGUUAUUGGUUGUUUUAACUAAUGAUUCACCAGAAACCACCAAUUUUAUCAACAAGUUACUCAAAAAUUCCCUCUUCAAGAAAUCGUUCAACCAAACUGAUGGCAAUUUCAAGUCAACCAAAUUGUACUUUGCCAAUGUCGAUCAUUCACCAGAAGCUUGGGAAAUUGGUCAAACUUAUAAGAUCAAGAAAACACCAUAUAUAAUGCUUGUUGCUAAUGUAUCACCCAGUCCUGAUAUUAUGGCAUCAAUGUCAAUUGUUUACAAAUCCAAUUUAUCCAAACCAUUCAUUACCGAUGAUGAAGUAACCGUAACUGUGUUGAAAGUUGCUAAAUACUUGGCCAAAAAUAUCGACAAGUAUAAUCCGCAAUUAGUGGCUGCUAGAUACGAUAAACAAGAAACUGAUUUUAGUCGAUUGAUUAGACAACAACAAGACGACGCAUAUACACAAUCGUUAUUGAAAGACAAGAUGAAGAAACAAAAACGAGAUGAAGAAUUGCGAUUGAAACAAGAGGCAGAAAACUUGAUCAAAUUAAGACGUUGGUUUCUUUUUAAUUUAAUCAAGGAUAGCCAUAUUGCUAGUUUAACUAGUCCCAAUGAUGCUUUACGUGUGGCAGUUAAACUACCUAGUGGUAAAAGGUUUAUUGAGCAAUUUAACAAGUCAAUUACAAUACUGCAAUUUUUCAUCUACAUCGAACUCAAGUUAUUCAUCGAAGAAAUGACUCUGGCAUUGAAUCAUGCUAAUGAGAAUUGGUUACAAGAUGAAGCAACUAUUGAUGAGUUGAUUGAUGAAUUAGAUCUGGAUUUAUCUCAAGAGUACAAGAGUAAAUUCGAUGAUGUACAUCAUUAUUAUCUUGAAAAUCCAUUCAAGUUUGAAGUUGUACAACCAUAUCCUAAAAAGGUCAUUGCUUGUGAUUCAGAAUUGACGAUUGGAGAAGUGCCUGAAUUCAAAGGUGCCAAUUUCUUGGUGGAAUAUAUAGUUGAGGAAGAAGAUGAGGAAGAAGAGGAAGAAAAUGUUGUUGAUGAGAAGGAAGAUUAA